AUGGCUUUAUGGCGUCAUUCUUUGCCAUUAUCAUUGACAAAAGUUAUCCUUGCUUCACCCUCUUCGACAUCAUUGAUUACACGAAAUUCAAAGCGAGAGGCCACCACAGCUCCGUCAACUGCCACCGUUGAACCAACAACUGAACCUCAAAUACAAGCUGAACAAGAACAAAAUGUCAUUACUAACACAUCUCCUUAUACACUUGUACCAGGAAAAAAUUAUGGUGCAAAUAAACUAGAAGUAGCAUUAGCGCGUCUUGAUGACGUGGCAAAUUUAAUUCGUCGUGGUAGUAUUUGGCCAUUAACCUUUGGUUUAGCUUGUUGUGCAGUGGAAAUGAUGCAUAUGGCUGCACCUCGAUAUGAUAUGGAUCGUUUUGGUGUGGUUUUUCGUGCAUCUCCUAGACAAUGUGAUUUAAUGAUUGUUGCUGGAACAUUGACAAAUAAAAUGGCACCAGCUCUAAGACGUUUAUACGAUCAAAUGUUUCAUCCAAAAUGGGUUAUAUCAAUGGGCAGUUGUGCAAACGGUGGAGGUUAUUAUCAUUAUUCAUACGCUGUUGUUCGAGGAUGCGAUCGUAUUAUACCCGUGGACAUUUAUGUACCAGGUUGUCCACCUAGUGCCGAAGCCUUAUUGUACGGUAAAACAACAUUGGCAGAUGAUCUAUUAGCCUAUAAUAGUAUUAUAUCCACACGUAUGGCUGGAAAACUUCAUUAUAUGGAUAGUAGAGAAGAUGAACAAAUACGUGGUAUUACAAUGAAAUCGAGUGCUGUAUCGUUGCUUCAUAUUAAGAACAAUGAAAAAUAUUUAAUUAAUCUCAUCGAUAGUCCUGGUCAUGUUGAUUUUUCAAGUGAAGUAUCCACAGCAGUUCGUUUAUGUGAUGGAGCAAUCAUAAUGGUAGAUGUAGUUGAAGGUGUCUGCCCACAAACUCUGGCAGCACUAAGACAAGCAUGGUUAGAAAAAUUACGUUUAAUCCUUGUACUUAAUAAAAUUGAUCGUUUAAUAUUAGAAUUAAAAAUGUCACCAUUUGAAGCUUAUUUACAUAUACGAGGUAUACUUGAACAUUUAAAUGCUCUAGUAGCAGAACAAUUCACAUCGUUAUUACUCGAAAAAAGUCUUGAAAAUAAUGUAAACAUUGAAACUGGUGAUGGUGAUAAUGAAGAAGUAGUCUGUGAUCAUUGGUCAGAGGAUGAAGCUUGUACUUGUUUUUCACCAGAAUUUAACAAUGUUUUAUUUGCAAGUGCUCUAGAUGGCUGGGCAUUUGGAAUACAUCAUUUUGCCGAUAUGUACGCAAAAAAGUUAUCUGUUAAACGUGAAGUAUUUAUGAAAACAUUAUGGGGUGAUUACUACUUUAAUAAGAAAACAAAACGAGUCUAUAAAGGUGCACAAAGUAAAGGACAAAAACCAUUGUUUGUUCAAUUUAUAUUGGAAAAUGUGUGGAGUGUUUAUGAAUCAAUAAUACAACGAAGAGAUAAUGAUAAAGUUGAAAAAAUUGCGCUAUCGGUAAAUGCAAAUUUGUCUUCAAAAGAUAUACGACAUACUGAUCCCCAUGUACCGCUUCGUCUAUUAUUUAAUCAAUGGUUACCAAUUGCACCUGCCGUUCUUGACAUGGUUGUCGAUCAAUUACCAAAUCCAAAAAAUUUGAGUAUAGAAAAAAUUGAACAAUUGAUGUGUGAUAAAUCACGUCGAUUUGAUACAUUACCCAGGGAAACACAACAAUUGAAAAAUGCGUUCAUAUCAUGUUCCAGUGAUUCAUCUGAACCGGUGAUUGUUUAUAUUGCAAAAUUAUUUUCUAUUGAUGUAUCAGCAUUAUCGAAAAAUAAACCAAAAACAUUGACUAACGAAGAAAUAGCACAACGUCGUGAACUAUUAAAACAAAAACAACUCGAUAAAUUAAUAAAUAAAACCAACGAAUCUCUUCCACCACAAAAUGAAUCUGAUGAAAAUUUGUCUCAACCUAUCAAUAAUGAUGUUGUAAACAUAUCAAAUGUAAAUGGCACGGAAACUGAGCAUCCAGAAAAUCAAAAUAUUUUUUUAGCAUUUGCACGAGUUUAUAGCGGUGUAUUAAAACGUGGUCAAAAAAUCUAUGUACUUAGUCCAAGACACGAUCCUUCACUAUUUGUUGGAAAAGAUUUAUCUACAGUGUCUGCUAGAAGUAUUUCAAAUCAUGUACAUGAAUUUAUCGUAGACGAUUUAUAUUUAAUGAUGGGACGUGAAUUUGAACUUCUUGAACAAGUUCCAGCUGGCAGCAUUAUAGCCAUAGCUCAAUUAGAUAAUCUUAUAUUAAAGUCAGCCACAUUAUCUACAACUAUAUUUUGUUCAGCAUUUACCGGUUUGCAUUUUGAUGCUGCUCCAAUUGUUCGCGUUGCUAUUGAAUCAAAAAAUCCAGGUCAAAUGAAACAGUUACGUCAUGGUAUGCGGCUAUUAAAUCAAGCUGAUCCAUUAGUUGAGAUAAUGUUGAAAAAGACCGGUGAAUAUAUUUUAUGCACAGCUGGAGAAGUUCAUCUACAACGUUGUAUUGAAGAUUUAACUAAAACAUUUGCCAAGAUUGAGAUAAACGUUUCUCCACCAAUUGUACCAUUUCGUGAAACAAUCAUUACAAAACCUAAAUUUGAUGUUCUCAAUGAAGCAGUAGUAACACAACAAGUGAAAUCAACAAAAUUGAAAGAAAAACCAUCGUGGUUAAUAGAGGAUGGUUUAGCUGAAGUUCGCACACAAAAUCAACAGUGUACAUUUUUAAUUCGAGCAGUUCCAUUACCUGAAACCAUUACUCGUUUAUUAGACGAAAAUUCAUCAUUAUUAUUAUCAAUUGAACAAGCACAAACUAAAGAUGAAAAACAUCGAGUAGAAUUAAAUGAUCAAACAAUUGAAUCUAUACGUCAACUGAAGGAAAAAUUAAAUAAUGAAUUUAUUUCUUCCGGUUGGGAUAAAAAUACCGUUGAUCAAAUAUGGUCAUUCGGUCCUCAAAAAAGUGGACCGAAUAUUUUAUUGAAUCGUUUACAAACCUAUAAAUAUCGAAAAUCAAUAUGGUCACCUCUAUUGGACGUCGAUGAGACGAAAACGAUGAAUAACAAUGGAAAAGAUGAAAACUUAUAUAAACAUGAAUAUGAUUUGAGCAUCAUGAAUGGAUUUCAAUUAGCUACAGCAAAAGGAUCAUUAUGUGAAGAACCAUUGAUGGGUGUUGCGUUUAUUAUCGAACGUUGGACAUUCGAUAAGUUAGUUGAAGAUCAUCCGCAAACUGAUGAUCAAACCCAAGAAGAUGUACAAAAAGAGCAAGGAAUAGAAAAAAAUGAGUCGGACGAAAUAUCGUCCACUCGAGGUACCGAAAACAGUGAUGAUGCCGAAACUUUGAGUAUAAUUAGUGAAGAAUCGACGAUUAUGAUCGAAAAACGUUAUCGUUUAGUCGAUAAAACCAAAAUAAUACUUAAUCGUGGUCCAUUGUCUGGUCAAAUUCUUUCAACAAUUAAAGAAGGAUGUAAAAAAGCGUUUGAUUCGCAAUAUCGUCGUCUGGUGGCGGCCAUGUACAAAUGUGAAAUUAUGUGCAGCAGUGAAGCGCUAGGUCGUGCAUAUGGUGUGUUAAAUAAACGUAAUGGUCGUGUUUUGAAUGAAAGUAUGAAAGAUGGUACAAGUACAUUUAUAAUCAUUGCCGUAUUACCCGUUGCCGAAAGUUUUGGAUUUUGUGAAGAAAUGAGAACGAAAGCGAGCGGUUUGGCUAGUCCACAAAUAUUAGGGAAUUAUUGGGAAACAAUUGAUUUAGAUCCGUUUUGGGAGCCAACAACUGAAGAAGAAUUUUUACAUUUUGGUGAAAAAGCUGAUUUUGAAAAUCGUGCGAGAAAAUAUAUGAAUGAUGUUAGAAAGCGAAAAGGUGCUAUCGUUACCGGCAUUUCAUUUAUUGUUGUUCUGCUCCUAAAACAAUUACAUGAUAAAAAUGCUGUGACAAAAGAAGUUAGUCGAAAAGUUGUUCACUUGGGUGCAGGAACUCUAUAUCUGGCACAAUAUUUUUAUUACGAUAACUGUUCAACGAAAUAUUUCAAUAUAUUUCCAUACGUUUUAUGGGCAAUUAUUUUGUUAACAAAAAGUAUGAUGAAAAGUCCUUGGUCAGCUAAAAGUGACUUUGUUAUUAGUACAAUGACAAGAAACGAUAAAGGUGCUGAAUUAUUAUAUGGUCCAUUAUUUUUUAAUUUGUCGACAAUUCUAUGUGGAACAAUAUUUUAUAAAACAACGACUGGUGCAGUGACAAUGGCAAUAUUAACUUGGGGAGAUGGGUUAGCAGCUGUUGUGGGUCAGAAUUAUAAAACGAGACAAAUUUAUCAUACAAAAACUCUCGCUGGCUCGUGUACAGUGUUCAUAGCCGGUCUAAUUUCAUCUCUGAUUUAUAUUUCUAUUCUUGUUGGUUAUCAAUCGAUUUCGAUUAUGCAUUUGGUUCUAACAGCGUUGUUAGCAACCAUCACCGAAACACUAAGCCCAUCUGAAUUAGAUAAUUUAUUUUUACCUUUUGUUAUAAUUGUUGCACACUUUGUUUUAGCAUAA